AUGGCCUCUGGUUUCGGUCUCAAUGGCGGUCCCUCACGCUGCUACGGUUUUUGGCAGGAGGUUCUAGGAUGCUACGUUGUCAAUGCUGGAGAGGGUGAAGCCGGCAAGAAGAAGUGCAUGCCCGCUCUGGAGGAUUACUAUGAAUGCCUGCACCACCGGAAAGAGGCUCUCCGAACGAUGAAGAUGCAGGCCGCCUACCGCAAGGCCGAGGCCGCACACCCCCGUGAGAAUGCGCCUAAGGCAGAACAGAUUCGCAGUUUGGGCCUGUUAGGGAAGGAAGAAGAAGCCUCUGCGUUGCUGGCCAAAUCAUAA